AUGAGCUACAACCUCUUCCUCCUGGCUUUUGUCCUGGGCAUUGGUGGAACUUUCCAAUAUGGGUUACAGAUCUCCAUUAUCAAUUCUCCUGCUGAGUACAUCAAAAGUUUCAUCCAUGAGACCUGGCUGAAAAGAUAUGGCUCUUCUCCCAGUGAAAAGAUAAUUACUUUGAUGUGGUCCUUUAUUGUGUCCGUUCACAGCAUCGGUGGGCUUCUGGGAUCCAUGUUUGCUGGAUAUUUGUUAAUCAGAUUUGGAAGGAAGAAGGCUAUGCUGCUCACCAAUAUCCCUGCUCUGUUGAGCGCAGCUCUGAUGGGACUCAGCCGACUGUCCGGAUCCUUUGAGAUGAUCAUCAUUGGAAGAAUGUUUUCUGGAGUCUGCGGAGGUUUAGCUUUAAGUAUCCACAUCAUGUACGCUGGGGAAUGUGCCCCACAGAAGCUGCGCGGGGUGAUUGCCACAACAGCUUCCACUGCCAUCGCCUUUGGAAAGUUUGUAGGAUUUACUCUGGGUCUCAGAGAAGUUCUUGGAGUAGACGCUCUCUGGCCUAUUCUCAUGGCAGCCAACGUGGUCCCUGCCCUCAUUCAGCUUCUCACCCUCCCGUUCUUCCCAGAUUCCCCUCGCUACCUGCUCAUUGACAAAAAGGACAAAGAAGGGUGCAUCAAAGCUGUGAAGCAGCUCUGGGGAGAUGGUGACCAUACAGCUGAAAUGGAUGACAUGAUGGCAGAGCAAAAAGCCAUCAAUGGGAAGAAAGCUAAGAGCGUUUGUGAUCUUUUUCGGGACAAAUCUGUCCGCUGGCAGCUCAUCACUCUCUUCCUUAUCUGCUCAUGUAUGCAGUUAAUUGGAGUCAACGUGGUUUACUUUUAUGCAUACGAUGUCUUCAUAAAGGCUGGAAUCCCCCCAGCUGAAACCCGCUAUGUCUCCCUGGGAGUUGGGAUCACAGAGAUCUUCACCACAGUUCUCUGUGGUUUCCUAAUUGAGCGUGCAGGGAGGAAGAUGCUGCUAUGGAAAAGCUACGCUGUUAUGUCCUUGGCUUUAGGGCUCCUCACUGUCACGCUUUCACUACAGGAUUCUUUCUCCUGGGUACCAUACUGUUCUGUUGCACUCAUUUUCAUCUUCAUCAUGAGCUUUGGCAUUGGGCCAGCUGGAGUGAUGUGCCCCUUGCCCACAGAAAUAUUUAUUCAGUCAUACAGACCAGCUGCUUAUGUUUUAAAUGGUGUUACAAACUGGAUCCAACUUUUCUUCCUUGGACUUGUGUUCCCUUUUAUUGAGGAAGGUCUUGGUAGUUUCUCUUUCAUCAUUUUCUUUGCAUACUGUCUAUCCAUGGCUAUCUUUGUCUUCCUGGUGAUGCCAGAGACCAAAGGAAAGACUAUGCUGGAGAUCAUGGAGGAGUUUAACCGCCUGAACUACCGUGGAAAGAAGAGGCAGACAGUUCUACAGCAGAAUGACAGCUCUGUGAUGAUCUCUACAAGACUUUAA